CAGUGGUAUCGAUAGUGGAAUGAAUGGACGUCUGUAUGAAAACAUGGACUCAUGUAAACUUUACACAACCGCAAAAUAACGUUGAAAAUUUAAUUUGUAGGCCUUUUGUGUUUGUUGUUUAGUUGGACUCAGGUUUUGCGUUACAAAUGGUUAAAGUUCCUGUGAAGUCGGAUCAUCGUUUGUGUGAUGGCAAAUAUUUAUGAAGCUCUUCAAAACAUGAAUUUUGAUGGCCAAGCUGUGCAGUUUCUCCUCGAGUCUCAAGGUUUAUCAAGCAAUUUCACAUCCGACGCUAUUGGAACACAGAAAGACACAAAUACGAGUCCAGUUGAUGAGGAUGAUCUUUUCCAGUGUGGGAAAUGCAAGAAGCAUUUCACUUCUUUCCAGUUGUUUGUACUUCACAAAAAGGAACAUAAGCAAGGUCACACAUCAAAGCUGCAUAAUUCCAGUGUUCUUUCGCUACCUGAUGAAAGCAAAAGCUCCACUUCUGAAACCCUCUACUGUCAGCUGAGAGUUGAUUCUCUGGGUACAGCAUCUCCUGAAAUAGGGAAUCCAAUUGUUUUCAGUGAAAAUGACAUUUUGUCAUUUGCUGUUGACCAGGCAUCUCUCAACACGUCGACAACUACAAAGGAGACAACUCCAUACUCACGUGUCAUACAGAUGGGAGAAUUAUCCAAUGCUGUAUCUGCAAGAAAUGAAACUGUAGCUAAUGGCAACCUAUCUGAAGAAAAUGAUACACAUGGGAAGAGUUACAGUAUAGCAAUUUUAGCCAACCAGCCAACAGAUUUUUCCUCUUCACAGUUCUUAGGAAGCUCAGUCAGUACUAGACUUCCCAGUAUUCACUGCCUCACAAAAUGUACAAAGAUGUUGAAAAUGGAAGAAACUGUAGAUGGGAAUAAUGUGGAAGAUGUGCAUUUUGCAGCACCUGUCAAUGAAGGGGCAAGUGACCAUUGUGAAAUCCUUCUGCCAGAUAUGGACUGCAGUGCCACAUCUUCUGACAAUAGGGCUGAUGAACUAAUACAUUGUGAAGAAGUUCCUGUUGGCAGCACUGAAACAGUUUUGCUUAGCUACUCCAGUGACCAGACAGUGAAAUCCUGCGCUAAUAUGCUUUCCAGUGUGGAAUUCGCAGCAAUUCAGGGUCCUGAAGUGCAAUAUACUGGCUGUGAAGUGGCUUUGGAAAAUAGUACUGUUUGUCAAAAUAUUGUUAUUGACUACACCAGUGAUAGUAUACAGUCAAAUACUCUGGAUAAUGUGAAUGAAAGAGAAGAUUCAAGAAAGACACAACCUGAAAAUGUUGCAGUAAACAAAAAGACACAUUUUAGUUCUUUAUUGAAUCCUAGACUACCACCCAAAAAUUGUGGUGCUGAAAGAACACGCCAGGAUCUCCAUGUAAAGAUGCAACCCCAGCAAAAUUCAAAAUCUAUGUUGAAAUGCAAUUUCUGCACGAAGUUGUUUACCAAGAACUUUGACUUGCAGCAGCACAUCAGAAGCCACACUGGUGAGAAACCAUUUCAGUGUGUUGUCUGUGGAAGAGCAUUUGCUCAAAAAUCAAAUGCGAAGAAGCACAUGCAAGCACAUAAGGUGUGGCCAAAGGACCAGACAACUUUACCAAGGAAGGCUAAUCAAUUAGAUGGCAAAGAAAAUAAUGCUGAUACUUCACAGAAUGUUAAGGCUGAUGAUGCAGCGUCUGAGAAGACUGUCGAUUAUCCAACUCUGCAGCGAUCGUAUGCAUGUCAGUUUUGUGAUUCAACAUUUUCUGUGUAUAUUGAGCUGAAGAGUCACAUGAAAAAGCAUUCAGAUCAAAAGGUUUAUAAGUGCAUCCAGAAAGAUUGUCUUCAGACAUUUUCAGACCUUGAAUCUUUUUUGACACAUACAAACAAUGCACAUGUUACUGGACUACAGUAUCGCUGCCAUGUAUGUAAUAAGAAGUUUGACAACUUGGAGUCAUUAGGACUACACCAGUAUUCCCAUGGAACUCAUGCAAAAAGUAGCAACAAAUCUCUAACAAGAGGGCUGGUCUGUUACAAGUGCAAAAGGAAAUUCAAAACACAUGCAGCACUGGAACAUCAUUUGGACACUUCAUCUCACCAUUUUCCAUGCCCAUGCUGUGGAAAGGUGUUUACUUGGGAAAGGUACUUGCGAAGGCAUCUGACUACACAUGGCCCAGAAGAGUCUUACCCGUGCCCAAAAUGUGGCAAAUGCUUUAGAACGGGGCCAUAUCUCAAAGCUCACAUGCUUAUUCACAGUGAAACGAGGCCCUUCGUAUGCCAGCACUGUGGUGCAACAUUUAGUCGCAGAGAUAAACUGACAAGACAUUCACUAAUUCAUCAAGCUGUCAAGAAAUACAAAUGUCCAUUCCAUAAUUACUUGGGAUGUUCCAGAGAGUUCAGCAGACAAGAUAAAUUGAAGCGGCAUAUAUUGACACACACUGCUGCAAAACCAAUCCGUUGUAAAAAUUGUAGCAAAACCUUCUUGAGACCAUCUCAGCUUAAAGAACAUGAAAAGCUACAUUGUCAUAAAGACCGAAAACGGAAGUGUGUUGAUUGUGGAAUUGUUGUCAGGAGCAAGAUACUGCAGCCUUCACAAGCAUCCACCAGUGCGUACCCUGAAGAUUCAGCAAAAAGUUCUGCAAUUAAUACAACUGAUAACAGUAAUCAAAAUAAUGAAGAUGAAAUUAAAAAACAAAAAGUGGCCGUGUCAAAACCAAAAGGAGCAAGGAAAAAUUCCAAAAUGAGGGCUUCAUUUGAAGUCCCAAACAUUCAUCAUCAGUGUAAUACCAUUUCAAGGAACGUCAAUAAUAUGUGUAAAGAUAGUGUGUCCACAAUUGAAAUUAUUGUAGUUCCUGUCUCUGUAAGUGGAGCUGACACUGUUGGAAACACAUCUGAGGAGAAACAUGUGUGUAUAAUAUAUCCAUCAGAAGAAACAAACUCUGUUCCUUCAGAGUCAAACAAUUUAGAUAACUUAAGAAAUUCUGAGUGUGAAAAUAUAUGUCCGACAAGAAGAAAAGACUGUGUGGAAAACAUUCCAGCACUAAAGAUCACUAAGAGUUCCCAGAACUCGACAGAUAAGUAGGCUGUUACUUGUUUCCAGGUGUGGAUUUUGGUCAUAGGUGAAGUAACUACACAUCAGACAUCCUGAAUCUGUUGGGAAAACUCAAAUGUUUCUUCACUGUCACAAGGCAUUAUGAACAAGACCUUUUUUAUCUGUUACUGGUAGUUAAAGUGAUGGCCGCAUCUUAUUCUGCGCACUGACAGAUAAGAAAGAUAAAUUCCGUACAUGUUUAUAGAAAUUAUUCUCAGAAUACUUUUUUAUCUCUAGAGUAGAGGCAUCUCUUGGUGUGUUGGUGCAGCCAUAUGAACUACAAAUGAAAUUAUUGACUAUGUUAGAAUUGCCAACUUAAGAGAGACUGUGGGAAGUCCAGUUUUUUGUAAUGAAUAUCUCAGUUUUGUGUGUUGUUCACAAGUGUAUGGUGUAUUUAUAAUUAUUGCCUUUCAGAAGGUGUUUAAUUGUGACACAGCUGUAAAAGCUUCAUUCUGAUCCUGUGAUAAUUUGUACAAGCUUUUAUAUACACAUAUGCAUAUAUUAACAUACUUUAUGUAUAUUUUGUUACUGAAUAAUAACAAUAAAAUUUAAUGUAACAUUUUGUAA